AUGGCCGACAAAUUCCCUGAACUAGACGACGUUGAGACCACCGGAGUGGCUGAAGGCAGCGAUUUUCUUUCGCGGGAAAAGGAAUUGCUCGGAGACGAGUUUGCCACCGAACAGGACGACAUUGUCAAAGACGACGACGAGUUUGAGGAUUUCAAAACACAGUUCCCAGAGGUGCCUUCUGCAUCGGACGCUGCGCCAGAGCCUGUCGAGGAGACCAGAGAGCCGGAAUUCGAGGAGCCGGUCGUCAACAAGUUCGCCAAUCUGAACCUGGACGAAAGCACCCAUAUCCAAGAGUGGCGCAAGACCAGAGAUCUGGAGGUGUCCAAGAGAGACGAGACAGCCGCCAGCAAGCUCGAGCAGGUCAAGAAGGAGGCCGAGAAAGCAAUUGACGAUUUCUACGAGAAUUACAACAACAAGAAAGACGAGGCCGUGGAAGCCACACGCAAAGAGGAGGUGGCGUUUUUGGAGAAAAGAGACAAGUUUCUGGAGCACGGUACUGUCUGGGACCGUGUGGUGGAGGUGUUGAGCCUCACCAAGAACUCAAAUGCCUCGGAUCUUGCGGACCAUAGAGAUAAGACCCGUUUCAGAGAUCUGUUGAUAUCGCUCAAGGGCAAGCAGGACGUUCCUGGAGCCGCUGGAUACUAG